UCAGCUUCUGUUACCUCUAUUCGCCUUCUUGCUCUCUCGCUCCGCAAAAGCCCCAUCUCUCUUACGGCGCUGAGAGAGAACUCUUAGGGUUUUCGUUUCUUUGUCCUGUUUCUUCUUGACAAGUAGUCAUGGGUAAGGAAAAGGUUCACAUCAACAUUGUGGUUAUUGGACAUGUCGACUCUGGAAAAUCGACCACCACUGGUCACUUGAUCUACAAGUUGGGGGGUAUCGACAAGCGUGUGAUCGAGAGGUUUGAGAAGGAAGCUGCUGAGAUGAACAAGAGGUCCUUCAAGUACGCCUGGGUGUUGGACAAGCUCAAGGCUGAGCGUGAGCGUGGUAUCACCAUUGAUAUAGCCCUGUGGAAGUUCGAGACCACCAAGUACUACUGCACUGUCAUCGAUGCUCCUGGACACCGUGACUUUAUCAAGAACAUGAUCACUGGUACCUCCCAGGCUGACUGUGCUGUCCUCAUCAUUGACUCCACCACCGGUGGUUUUGAGGCCGGUAUCUCCAAGGACGGUCAGACCCGUGAGCACGCCUUGCUUGCUUUCACCCUCGGUGUCAAGCAGAUGAUCUGCUGCUGCAACAAGAUGGAUGCCACCACCCCCAAGUACUCCAAGGCUAGGUACGAUGAAAUCGUAAAGGAAGUCUCUUCCUACCUGAAGAAGGUUGGUUACAACCCGGACAAGAUCCCCUUCGUCCCCAUCUCUGGUUUUGAGGGUGACAACAUGAUUGAGAGGUCCACCAACCUCGACUGGUACAAGGGUCCGACCCUUCUCGAGGCUCUUGACCAGAUCAACGAGCCCAAGAGACCCUCCGACAAGCCCCUACGUCUCCCUCUCCAGGAUGUCUACAAGAUUGGUGGUAUCGGAACUGUCCCUGUGGGUCGUGUCGAGACCGGUGUACUCAAGCCCGGUAUGUUAGUGACCUUUGCUCCCUCUGGACUGACCACUGAGGUCAAGUCUGUCGAGAUGCACCACGAGGCUCUCCAGGAAGCUCUCCCUGGUGACAAUGUAGGGUUCAACGUCAAGAACGUUGCAGUGAAGGAUCUCAAGCGUGGAUACGUCGCAUCAAACUCAAAGGAUGACCCGGCCAAGGAAGCAGCCAGCUUCACCUCACAGGUCAUCAUCAUGAACCACCCCGGUCAGAUCGGUAACGGAUAUGCCCCAGUCCUCGACUGCCACACCUCCCACAUCGCCGUCAAAUUUGCAGAGAUAUUGACAAAGAUCGACAGGCGUUCUGGUAAGGAGCUGGAGAAGGAGCCCAAGUUCUUGAAGAACGGAGAUGCAGGAAUGGUUAAGAUGGUUCCGACCAAGCCCAUGGUGGUGGAGACCUUCUCCGAGUACCCACCGCUUGGACGAUUUGCUGUCCGUGACAUGAGGCAGACCGUUGCGGUUGGUGUCAUCAAGAACGUCGAGAAGAAGGACCCGACGGGUGCUAAGGUCACCAAGGCCGCAGCCAAGAAGGGUGCCAAGUGAGAGAAGUUUAUUGCCGUUUGAAAGAGUCGGUUUUCGCCGUUGAGUUGUUAGGCCGUACUCUCUGUUUUUGUGUGUUGCUGGACCGAUGCAGUUUUGCGAACUAUGUCAUGGUUAUAUUCUGUUACCUUUUUUAAAAUAUUUACAUCUUUUUUCAGUUA